AUGGAGGUCUCCGUGGGACUGCUAAUGGAGAUUGAUCGUCUAGUCAAACUGUUAGAAUCGCCCGUGUUCACGUUUCUACGGCUGCAUCUGCUGGAGCCUGACGGAUACCCUUACCUAGUCAAGUCACUGUAUGGACUGCUCAUGCUACUGCCACAGAGCCAAGCAUACCACACCCUGCGCUCCCGAUUGGAUGCUAUACCGCCUGUGCAUCUGCUGCGCAG